AUGGCCCCGCAGAGCGACCGCUCGCCGGACGAAGGGCAGCCGUAUUUCGGCGGCGCAGAGGACCCCUCCUCGGCGGCCGGCGGGGCCUCCGCGGGCAGCCGGGGCGCCUCGCCGGCCCGCACCGCCCUGGCCCCGCGGGACGCGGCGGCCCGCAGGAAGGGGAAGGCGCGGCGGGGCCGCGGCAAGGCGCGGAACGAGGGCUUGCUCAGCAAGCAGAAGAGGAGCCGGCGCAUGAAGGCAAACGACCGGGAGAGAAACCGCAUGCACCACCUCAACUCCGCCCUGGACGCUCUCCGCAGCGUCCUGCCCACCUUCCCCGACGACGCCAAGCUCACCAAGAUCGAGACGCUCCGCUUCGCCCACAACUACAUUUGGGCGCUCACGCAGAGCCUCCGCCUGGCCGAGCAGAACCUGCCCGAGCCCCCCGCGCCGCCGCCACCCCCCGCCGCCGCCUCCCCCGGGCCCUGGGACUCGCCCUGCCCUGCGGCCCCGCCGCCCGCCGCCCUGCGCCGCGGCCCCGCCGCCUUCCCCGCCUUCCUCUGA